AUGUCAAGGGUGACGCCACAGGUUGCGAUCCUGGUCCCGCCCCCAGGGCCUGUCCUGGAGCGGAUAAAGGAGGUCUCUGAAGACGCCCCCAAUAUCACAGGUCAACCAGUACCCACUUCAGGACUCUUUAACAUCAAUUAUAACAACAACAAUGAAGAAGAAGAGAAGGAGAAAAAGAAGAGAGAGAAAAAGGAGAAGAAAGAAAAAAAGGAAAAGAAAAAAGAGAAAAAAGAGAAAAAGGAGAAAAAGCAGAAGGAGAAAGAAGAGAAAGAGAGGAAGGAAAAGGAGGAGAAAGAGAAGAAGGAGAAAGAGGAGAAGGAGAAGAAGGAGAAGGAGAAGAAGGAGCCACCUAAGGAGAUCUAUGUAGUGGACCCAGCAGGAAACAUGUACUACAACUGGCUCUUUGUCAUCACGGUGCCGGUCAUGUACAACUGGACAAUAAUAAUUGCCAGGGCAUGUUUUGAGGAGAUGCAGCAUGACUACUUGACAGCCUGGUUCAUCUUGGACUAUGUGGCUGAUAUGGUGUACCUGGCAGACAUGGCAUUCCGUACUCGCACAGGUUACCUAGAGCAAGGCUUGCUGGUGAAAGAUGAGAAAAAGCUGCGUGACCGGUACAAGGAAAGUGUCCAGUUCAAGCUGGACCUGGUCUCCAUGAUCCCCACCGACAUCUUCUACCUGGCGGUGGGCAUGAACUACCCCGAGAUCCGCAUGAACAAGCUGUUCCGCGUGGGCCGCAUGUUCGAGUUCUUCGAGCGCACCGAGACGCGCACCAACUUCCCCAACGUCUUCCGCAUCUCCAACCUGGUCAUGUACAUCCUCAUCAUCAUCCACUGGAACGCCUGCAUGUACUACUCCGUCUCCAAGUGGAUCGGCUUUGGGAACGACGGCUUCGUCUACCCGGAUCCCAUAGACCCCGAGUUCGCCUGGCUCGCGCGCAAAUACGCCUACAGCAUGUACUGGUCCACACUGACCCUCACCACCAUCGGCGAGACGCCCCCUCCCGAGAAGAACUCCGAGUACUUCUUUGUCGUCACCGACUUCCUGGUGGGCGUGCUGAUUUUCGCUACCAUCGUCGGUAACGUGGGCUCCAUGAUCACCAACAUGAACCAGGCGAGGGCUGACUUCCAGGCCCGCAUCGACUCCAUCAAGCAGUACAUGGCUUUCCGCCACGUCUCCAAAGACCUGGAGCGGCGCGUCAUCAAGUCGUUCGACUACUUGUGGACCAACAAGAAGGCCGUGGACGAGCGCGAGGUGCUCAAGUACCUGCCCGACAAGCUGAGGGCUGAGAUCGCCAUCAAUGUCCACCUGGACACGCUCAAGAAGGUGCGCAUCUUCGCUGACUGCGAGGCCGGCUUCCUGGGGGAGCUGGUGCUGAAGCUGCAGCCUCAGGUGUUCAGCCCUGGUGACUACAUCUGCAAGAAGGGGGAUAUCGGCCGCGAGAUGUACAUCAUCAAGGAGGGGAAGCUCGCGGUGGUGGCUGAUGACGGCAUCAAGCAGUUUGUCGUGCUGAGCGACGGCAGCUACUUCGGCGAGAUCAGCAUCCUGGCCAUCAAGGGCAGUAAGGCCGGCAACCGUCGGACGGCCAACAUCCGCAGCAUCGGCUACUCCGACCUCUUCUGCCUGUCCAAGGACGACCUGAUGGAGGCGCUCACCGAGUACCCCGACGCCAAGGCCAUGCUGGAGGAGAAGGGGCGGCAGAUGCUGCUCAAGGACAACAUGCUGGACCUGGAGCUGGCCGCCCAGGGCCCCGACCCCAAGGAGAUGGAGGAGAAGGUCAUCCACAUGGGCAUGAGCCUGGAGGUGCUCCAGACGCGCUACGCCCGCCUGCUGGCCGAGCACGAGGCCGCCGAGGGCAAGCUGAAGAAGCGCGUCGCGCGCCUGGAGAGGAAGAUGGCCGUCAGCGCCGGCGUGGUCUUCUCCACCGAGAUGGUGGAGCCCGAGAAGAAGGACUAG